GGAAAUGCCCGUUAGUAAUAAAAUGACAGUGACAACCGUUCGGGUUUUCCUGCUCCCUGGAGGUACUUGCUGGUGAGGGUGCCGUGGGUCUCCUGCAGCCGGGCUCUUCCGAAGCCCACCCUUGUUUGCUUUGAGAUGUGUUUGAUUUGAAAAAAGAUAGCUGGGAGAGUGCCCCGGGAGGAGAAUGUGCAGCCUUCCUUGGCUCUGUUGCUGGAAGCUUCUCUUGGUGUUAUGCAAACCCUGUCCAGAUGUUGUGUGGGAGGCCCCUCCAGGUGUUGCCCCCCUCCCUCUUCCAGAUGCAUCCCCACCUCCCGGCUGGUUCUGUUCUGUGUGCUUCUGGUCGCCGCCUCCCUGGGGCAGCCUGAUGUGGGGAGGGCAGGUCGGCGACUGCCUGGGAAGGUUGGCAGGAGCCAGAGGGAAGAGUCUGGACUUUGUCUGGAGGGCCACGGGGAGCCCUGGAGGGGCGGGAUGGGGCGGACCACGUGUCAGAUAGACAGACACACACGGCCCAGGCUGGCUGGUGCAUGGUGGGGCUUCGAGGAGGCCCUGGAGCCCUGGAGAGCUGGCUUCUGCAUUGGGUCUCGACAGAGGGACCCAGAAUUGACGAGGCCCGGAGAACGGCAAGGUGCUCGGGUCUUCGGGGCCCUGGGUCCCAUCGGGCCCUCCUCACCCGGGCUCACCCUCGGGGGCCUGGCUGUAGGCGAACACCGGCUGAGCAACAAGCUGCUGGCCUGGAGCGGCGUCCUCGAGUGGCAGGAGAAGCGCAGACCCUACUCGGACUCCACGGCGAAGCUGAAGCGGGCCCUGCCCUGCCAGGCCUACGUGAACCAGGGCGAGAACCUGGAGACUGACCAGUGGCCCCAGAAGCUGAUCAUGCAGCUCAUCCCCCAGCAGCUGCUGACGACUCUGGGCCCCCUGUUCCGCAACUCGCAGCUGGCGCAGUUCCACUUCACCAACAGAGACUGCGACUCCCUCAAGGGGCUCUGCCGCAUCAUGGGCAACGGCUUCGCGGGCUGCAUGCUCUUCCCUCACAUCUCCCCAUGCGAAGUGCGCGUGCUCAUGCUGCUGUACUCGUCUAAGAAGAAGAUUUUCAUGGGCCUCAUCCCCUACGACCAGAGCGGCUUCGUCAAUGCCAUCCGGCAGGUCAUCACCACCCGCAAACAGGCAGUGGGACCUGGUGGCGUUGCCGGCCCGGUCCAGAUCGUCAACAACAAGUUCCUGGCUUGGAGUGGAGUCAUGGAGUGGCAGGAGCCCAGACCUGAGCCCAACAGUCGGUCGAAGAGGUGGCUGCCGUCGCACGUCUACGUGAACCAAGGGGAGAUCCUGAGGACUGAGCAGUGGCCGAGGAAGCUGUACAUGCAGCUCAUCCCACAGCAGCUGCUGACCACCCUGGUGCCGCUGUUCCGGAACUCGCGCCUGGUGCAGUUCCACUUCACCAAGGACCUGGAGACACUCAAGAGCCUGUGCCGCAUCAUGGACAACGGCUUUGCGGGCUGCGUGCACUUCUCCUACAAGGCGGCGUGCGAGGUGCGCGUGCUCAUGCUGCUCUACUCGUCCGAGAAGAAGAUCUUCAUCGGCCUCAUCCCCCACGACCAGGGCACCUUCGUCAGCGGCAUCCGGCGUGUCAUCGCCAACCAGCAGCAGGUCCUGCAGCGGAACCUGGAGCAGGAGCAGCAGCAGCGAGGGAUGGGGGGGUAGUGGCCGCCCCCGGGCUGGGCCCCUCCAGGAGUCACAGACGAGGCCCCUGCCAGGACUGGUCAGAUGCUUCUGAGCGGGGGCCCCUGGGGACUGCAACUGCCCAGCGAGAUGGAGGACAGAGUCCUGAGAUGUCUCCAAGGACGGUCCCCACCCCUGUACGUUCCCUAAUAAAGUCUUUUAAAAGCCC